AUGGUUAGUACAAGUCAGCAACCAUACAGAGACAAAGACAAAGGGUUAAAGCUCAAAACCCUGCUUGAUUCUAAACCCAGCCGUGACGCCUGUUCCCUCGUCUGCAAGCGGUGGCUAGCCCUAGAGCGCCUCAGCCGCACCACGCUCCGGGUCAACGCUGCCGGCAGUCCUGACCUCUUCGUCAAGCUCCUUGCCUGUCGAUUCUUCAAUGUUCGUAAUGUUCACAUUGAUGAGCGCUUGAAUAUUACGCUCCCCGUUCAGCUCGGAAGAAGGCGCAGGAAUAAUAAUAAUGUGGUUUCGUCUCUUCAACUAUAUGCUACUGAGAAAAAUGGGCCUGAAGAUGUUGGAUUUGAGUCAUGUAGUUUAUCUGAUACUGGGUUGAUUGCCCUUGGCGAAGGCUUUCCAAAACUUGAGAAGCUAAGCUUAAUCUGGUGCUCUAACGUCUCAUGUUCUGGCUUAAUUGCACUCGCCAAGAAGUGCUCAUUUUUAACAGCUUUAGAUUUACAGGGUUGCUAUGUUGGAGAUCAUGGUCUAGUUGCUGUUGGACAGUCUUGUAAGCAGCUUGGGGAUUUAAAUUUGCGAUUUUGUGAGGCCUUAACAAAUGCGGGUUUAGUUGAAUUAGCUCUUGGUUGUGGGAAUUCAUUGAAAGCUCUUGGUAUUGCUGCUUGUGCUAAGAUAACUGAUGUCUCACUGGAAGCAGUGGGCGUACAUUGCAAGUCUCUUGAGACCCUUUCUUUAGAUUCUGAGUUCAUACUCGUUUUGCUGUAUUGUUUGCUCUUGGCAUGGAGAAAGGCAGUCAUAAUGUAA